CAAUGCCCAGUACCGCUGUACAGCUCCCCACUUUGCUCCUCCCCUCUUGGCAGGGCCCGAAGAACUUUGCUGAAGCUUCUGCGUUUCUGGGUGGCACCGGGGCUGCUAGAUUUGAGCACCGCUGCACUGGCCAGUUCUGGGUCCAGUUGCACCCCACUCAGGAGCCUCCACCCGGGAUGGGCGAGGUGUUGGGGCUCGCGGGAAGCUCCAGGCCCUCCCUGCGCUCCGCAUUGACGGCUGCCCCCCUCUCUCCUCUUAGCCUGGCUCCGGUGCCCAGGCCCCCCACUGCUCCAUGGACACCCCCAGCCCAGACCCGUUGCCUUCGCCUUUGCCUGGGGAGGAAGAGAAACCUCUGGCUUUGCCUCCUGUUCCCCGCGGUCGCCGGGGCCGGGGCCGCCCCCCAGGGGCUGCCACCUCCUCGCACCGGACGCUCAAGGCCUCCUUCUCCCGAAAGCGAGGCCGCCCUCCCAAGCCCAGCCAGGAGCCCCCGCUGGGCCAGGGGCCUCCGGCCCCGGUGGUGGGCAGCAGCGGGGGCAGCGACUUGCUGCUGAUCGAUGACCAGGGUGUGCCCUACACGGUCUCCGAGGGGGCCGUGGCCGCCGGGCCCGAGGGCUCCAGCCCCAAGAAGGCGCCGCACUUCUGCCCCGUGUGCCUGCGGGCCUUCGCCUACCUCUCCGACCUGGAGCGCCACAGCAUCUCCCACUCGGAGCUGAAGCCGCACCAGUGCCAGGACUGCGGCAAGACCUUCAAAAGGUCCAGCCACCUGCGGCGCCACUGCAACAUCCACGCCGGCCUGCGGCCCUUCCACUGCCUGCUCUGCCCGCGGCGCUUCCGAGAAGCCGGCGAGCUGGCGCACCACCACCGGGUGCACUCCGGGGAGCGGCCCUACCAGUGCCCCAUCUGCCGGCUGCGCUUCACCGAGGCCAACACGCUGCGGCGGCACAUCAAGCGCAAGCACCCGGAGGCCACCGGGGCGUCUCUGUGUCCCCCGGACCCCGGGCCCGAACCGCUGUGGGACGACGAUGGCAUCCCGGCCACUGAGGGAGCCGAGGAGGAGGAGGAGGAGGAGGAGGAAGGGGAGAAGAAAGAGGAGGAGGAGGAGGAAGCCGAGGGGCAGGAGCUGGCCUGA